AUGUCUCUUCCGCAAAAUACUCAUGAUAAAAAAAUUCAACUCUCUGAAACUGAAGAACAAACCAGUUUUAACGAUGAGGUAACAGCAGAACCUCUAGAACCGGUUUCAGAAACACUUAGCAAUAAAAAUACCAUCUCGGACUCUGCUCAAACUUCAAUAUCACGUAACCCAUCUGAAAAUUUAACCCUUUCUCCAAUCACUGCCUCUCCACUCCCUGAGCCAUCUAAAGGAAAUGAUGAAUCCAAUUCAAGCACAAAUCUCGAUACAACACUUAAGUUAGCCAAAGAAAACAAUGAAUCAAACAUGCAUCCUAAUGCUCCUCCUCCAUAUUCUUCAUCACAAUAUUCCCCGUCUCAAGAUUAUACCUCAAUCACCAUUACCGCACAACCAUUACCGAUUCAAUAUCCCUCAAUUACCUCUGUCAACUCACGAACCCAGCGUGAUACUUCCAUUUCGUCUCGAGAUUGGCUACAAGAUACGGUGCCUUUGAAAUUCUGUAAAAUCUGUCAAGAGCCAGAACUGCUAGAUACUUCACAUGACGAAAAUGAAGGUCUUCAGUUACCGUACACAAAAGACCGACUAAUCUCUCCAUGUAAAUGUAAGGGUUCUUUAGAAUAUGUCCAUUUAAGCUGUUUGAAUAAAUGGCGCAAUAAUUCUGUACGUCAUGACGCUUCAUACCGAUGUGAAGUGUGUAAAUAUGAGUAUAAGUUCUAUAGACCAAGAUUGGCAAAAAUAGUAGAGAGCCCGCUGUUUCUUCACACCAUGACUGCUACGGUGUUUAUUUUGGUGAUUUAUGGGAUUUCAUGGAUUGUAAAAGCGAUUGAUAUGCACAUAAGAGACAAGAAUAAACCCCCCUCUGAUUCAAAUGCUUGGACACACACUAACAUUUUGGGCGUGGAAGCUCUACAUCUAAUCAUUGGGAUAAGUAUAAUGUCCCUUAUAGGUGUGUGUUUCUUGAUAAUCAAUUCCUGUAUUAAUGGUAUUAAUUCGACGAGAAAUGAAUAUUGUAUUUGUGGAGGUUAUGGAACAGAAUGUGCUGGGUGUUACUGGUGUGUAGGAUGUAAUGGGAGUGACGGUGGAGGAUUUGUAAUGUUGCUGUUUCUUCUUAUUAUAAUUUCGGUAUUUUUAAUUGGAAUAUUCGGUGCGUUGAGUGCGGGAUAUCUUUUGAUUCAGAAACUAAGCAUUAUAUACCUAGAUAGGGUAAAAGAGAAGAUUUUGGAAGUUAAAAAAGAUUAA